AUGGCAACACGGAAGAAUCAAAGCGGGAAAGAACCGAUCUCAUCAAGGGUUUAUUGUGAUGAUGAUGAUGAUAGUGAUACUAGUGAUAUUGAAGAUACUAGUAAGCGUAAGGUUCGUGCACGUUAUCUGACCAUGAGCCGUUGGAAGAAAAAAGAGGAAAAAGAGAAAAAGAAGCGAAUGAAAAUGACUCAGGUCACUAUGGGGGGUGUACCGCUUCAGACUCGGUCUAGUCAGCCGAUUCAUGUACCCGAGUAUUCUCAGGACGACCUGGAAGAGGGGGGUGAGGAUGAGGAGGAUGAGGAGAAUGAGUUUGAUGAGGAUGAUGUGCAGGACAGUGUUAGGAUGGGUGCACAUCACAGAGAUACGCAUAUGUACAAUCUUAGUAGUUACCCUCCUCCUCGGUACUCCAGUUGUCCCCGGCCUGGUCCUCGCGGUUUACCCUCUCCCCUACCCCUAUCCCUUCUCCUAUGA